UGUCAGUUCAGCAAUGGCGGCGUUUCCGGUCAAAGUUGUUUAUCUUAUCGUUGUUAGGGGAAUAAAGUGACCAUAUGCAAGCAGGGACGGGUGUCACGGAGUGCUGCGCGUAUGGCGUCGGGAUACGCUGUGGCGCUUGCGAAGAAGUAACAGAUGCUUCGAUUCGAUGAAAUACAGUGGGAAAGCAGGGUCAGCCAGUCCCUGGAGCAGCUGAUGUUAAAGGCUUUGCUGAAGGGCCCAACAAUGAAGUCACGACUGGAUUUGAACUGGUGACCUCAUGAUCACAGGCAGAGGGUCCUAACACACAGAGCCAGACAUCACCCAAGCACCCAUGUCUAUUCUGUCAUUGAAUGUAAUAACUGUCCAUGGUGCUGAACCAGUUUCCCUCUGAGGCCGCGCUUAAUGUCCUCUUUCAGGUGUGCGUGGGGUAGCUCUCUGUGGUUCUGAAUCAAUGUCUGUCUAAGGUAUGAUAAGGGCUGUAAUGGAACACGUAUUCUUCAUGUAUAUGGUUCGGGAUAUUUUCAGUUUUGUAUACACAAAGACACAACUGAAUAUGUGAAUUUAGUGAUAUAGACAGAACUAAGUUCAGAAUUAGAUGUCAUCAUGCUAACUGCAGCAGUGAGACAGAUCUAAUCAGCUGCUUGGGAACAUUUUGGUUUCCCAAUUAAUUACAUUAGCCUUGGAGAGAGGGUAGUUGGUGAGGCCAAGGCAGUCUGACGGCUCUGUUGUACCCAAGUUGGAUAUGUUGCUGGAAGCACAUCCAUGGUGCUGACUCAUUGGAGACACCAGUGUGUGUGCGCGACUGAAACUCUGUGUACGAAGGAAGCACCUGUCUGCUCGUGACAUUUAGGGCACUUUUACCAGGAAAUUCUGACUAUAGGCUGUAGGGAUGUUGAUUGCUACAGACAUGCCACCAUACAUAGUAGUAGACAGCAGAGGAUUUAUAUAGGAUUUAGUACAUUAUAAUUGUUAUGAUGUUAUUUAAAAAAAAAAACUAUUUGCAUAUUUACUUUUACAGCGUACAAAUAAAAGUCUCUUAGAUUUUGUUAUUCAAACGUUUUGACAGACGAUAUACAGCUGUUCCUAAUUGCGUCUGUGUUUGGAGUUUUGAUAUUAAUUUAAAAACAAAUUCUGUUUUUCUUGCUGUAGCUAAAUUGAGGUUUGUGUUUUCUGUAAAUAAAUACUGCAAAGAAUAAAUAAAACUAGACAAUAAAUAUGACAAAAAAAUUAAAGUACUGUAUUAGCCCAAAUAAUAUGGUAUUUUAAAAUAUAUAUAUCAUACAUUUUAUCGGGUGCUUUUGUCCAAAGUGUCUUUGGAAAAGCAAAGUGAGACAAUCCCUGCAGCAACUGGGGGUUAAGGUUCUUGUUCUGGAGCCAAAUGGAUUUGAACUGGCAACCUUCUGAUCACCUUCUGAUCACAGGUUCAGCCUUCUAAGCCACUCAGGUGGGUGCCAGAGAGGGAAGCAGGUGCCGCUCAUGGCUCAGAGGAAGUGGAGCCCCAGCGGGGCCACGCCCCCUGAUGGCCAUGUGGCUGAACAGAGAGGGAUGCCCCCUGCAUGCGAGGCCCCUCCCUCAGCAGAUCCUGUGGAUGGAGACACGCCAGCCCCAGUCCCUAAGGGGUGUGGCGGCCCGUGGGAAGCUCCGUGCGAGGAGAGAGCUGAGUUUCCGUGGGGGUGCAGCACCAUAAGCCGGUCGCUGGAGAAGGCCGAGUCCCUCCUGAGAAACAGGCUGAAGCCAGACCUGAGGGGGUUCCCUGGGUACAGCGCCAAUGAAGGCAGCAGCUCCACUGGUGACUUUGAGGACGACGACACCUUCGCGGCCUGCCAGAACCUCACCACGCGCUCCUCGCAUCGACUGCAGCAGCUGGAGCAGGGCAUGCUGGGACUGAGCCAGCAGUACCACGUGAUACGGGAACCGGGGUGGGGAGCUCGGGCAUGCAUCAGAGGCUGCUCAUCGGACGGGGAGUUUUACCGCCACCCGGAGGCGGCCACUGUUGGGCAGCACUAUGGGCAGCUCUGUGGCCUUCUGGAGGAAAGGGCCCAGCUCCUCUUCCUACACGAGUACACCCGGCGCACAGCCGCUGCUGCUUCCUUUGUGGAGCACUUGGCCCACCUGCUGGAGCAGGAGUGGCUCCCCUUUGGUGCUGACGCCUGGGGACUUGUCUGGGGGAACGGCGUGGGAGCGGCGUGCGCGGACCUGCGCGUCCACGUCAGCCACUGGGAGCGCCUGUGCGCCGAAGCACGGGCGGACCCUUGGCUGAGGAGAGCGCCGUCGCGGAUGGAGUUUGCCUUUGAUGCCGCGAGGAAGACUCUGAGCAUGCUGGGUCUGCAGGCCGUGGCGCUCAUGGAGCGCUACAUCCAUAAGGCCAUGUGUGCUGUCGCCCGGGCUGACCCUACCCAGGUGUCCAUUGAGCUGCUGGAGGACCUGUUUAUUGGGGCAAAGGCCUUUAAUCAUAUCUUGGCGGAGCAAAGGAUCCAAUUGCAGGGCUCUCAGAGGAGCAGCCCGCUCACACCUUUAUCGGGUGUAGCUGCUGCUGGGCCACAGGGGGGCGUUCUUCCCACGCCGUUCACUGUAUCCAGGGUUCUCAGGGUCCUGUCGGAGCACAGAGGCCGUGUGGCUGCUGAGGAAGUCCAUCAUUGGCUAGCUAACCGAAGCAGUCUCCUCGCCAUGUUAUGUUGUCCUGUGCCUCCGUCCCAAACUUGGGAUUCUCAUUUUUCAUCAUUGAGGUCAGACCUCUUCCCUGCCGACAAGGCCGGUGAGACCUCUCAGCGCUCAACGAAAGUGGAUAACAGCUGUCAAGGGCUCGCCGAACCCCCCCUGGCCGCUUUCGUCAAGCAGGACGCCGAAUUUCAAGAGAAGCUUCUCCAGAGCCUGUUAUCUUCUGCUGACCUUCUGGCUCCUCGCGUCCCUAGCAGAGCCAGGCCCGAGCAGCCGACCGCAGAGAGCGGACUCGAAAAUGAAGGCCGGCAGGGCAGGGAGGGGAUGGAUAUCAGGAAGUGGAAGUGCGUCCAGUGGCAGGACAUGGGGAAGAUGGACGCCUGUGUGGCUCUGCUGGGCCAGUACGAAGACAUGGUGUGGAGGGAAUUCGGUGCAACCCUACUGGCCCUCCUGUACCAGCCGGGGUGCGACGUUCAGCUGGGCAGCCUGAACCACUGCAAGGACUGGAUGGUGUUCCUGGUGGUGAAGGAGCUGCAUGCGAGCUGCAGAUCAGAUGCCAUCCCUCUUGGAUAUGAAAGAGCAGUGAAUGACCUCUGCAGCCAAGUCGUGGCCAAAACAGCCUUUAUUCGCUGGGAUGAAGUGAUGUGUGCGUCUCUAGGGGCGGGGCUGAAGGACAGGGGCGUCCCCGUUCCAGGCUCCGCAGCGAGGACGCGCACAGCGGAGCUCCUCCUGCAGCUCUUCCCUCCCCUGAGUGCCGUCCUGGGCAUCCUCACCCCCCCUGCGUCAGCCCUGCACACGGCAGAUCGCAGGAGCCUACGGUGCCACCGGCUGGGGAUCCUCCAUCGGUCCCUCGCCACCGUCCACUCAGCCACAUUCUGGGCCGUGAGCAAAGGCUACCAGUUUCUGUCCUCCUGGGCCAUCAACAAAUUCCUGCUGGUGACCCAGGGAGACCUCAAGGCACUCAGGGCAGCCGUGGAGAGCCUGGUGCAGCAGGUGGGGGCGCUCCCUGCACAGCCAGGAGGUGGCGCUCAUCCUGCCGAUCAGCAGGUGGUCUUGCUCAGUCAAGCAGCUGCUGCUUUGCAGGACUUCUCUCCGCUUCUCCUGAAGAUAUUCUCUCAGGCCUGCAAGCAGAUGUCCAGGGAAAUAUUUGAGCAGAGCAUGCCAUCAGGAAGGCACUGGAGAGUGAGGUAUAAAACAGAUCUGCCAGCCGGUCCCAGCGAGUACGCGGCCUCAGCGGCCCUUGCUGUGAUUGGCCAGGUGCUGGAGGGCACACGGCCCCUCCCGGAGGAGCUUGGCGGUCCGGCGCUCACUGAGGCCGUGGUCGCGUUCAUGGAGGCCUGGAUGGAGCACAUUCUCAGGCAGAAGAUCAAAUUCAGCCUCCAGGGGGCGCUGCAGCUGAAGCAGGACUUCGACCUGGUCCGCAGCCUGCUGCGCUCUGAGGAGUACAGCCUGUCAGAGGAGAUGUGCCAGCGGCUGCUGUCCCUGCGCGUCUUCCACCAGGUGGACAGCGCCAUCGUGUGUCUGCUGCAGCAGCCCGUCACCAAGCCGUACCUUCCACGGCGCGGCUGGGAGCCCUUCCGCCUCUGCUGCCCAAACCGGAGUCACCCUUUUGACGCAGCUGCUGGGAGCCUCAGCAGCCUAGAGAGCAUGGACAUCCAGGCGGCGCGGACCCAGGCCCUGACGGAGGCUCAGGGCUCGCUGGUGCCCCACCUGCUGCCCACCUCACCUUCCCAGUCCUACCUGGCUGCCUCACAGCAGGAGUGGCUGGCCCUGCGUGUCAGUAGUGCCCCCCACUGGAGAAUCCCUGGCCUGCGCUGCAUGAUAAAAGCCGAGCAAUGAAUCCUAUCGGUGAGCACCCUUCAUGUUCAGCAGCCCUCAGGGCUGGGGACCGAGAUGUGAGUGCAGGGUGGCCCUCAGCAUCCGGGGGCAUGCCGUGAGUUAGGGUCUUGGGGGGGGGGUGCUGAUACAGU